UGAAAUAAAAUUUAUAAUGAGUAUUAGCAUGUAUGAACGAGUGAAAAUUAUUAAUGAAUAUUAUACUUAUUUAGAAUAUAAAGACAUCAGAAGGGAAGCACUAGGAAGAAUAUGCGCUUUAUCCAAGAUAUUAAAAUUUGAGGAUACUCACGAUGUUUCAUUAAGAUUUUUUGAGACAGCAACAUUAAUAAAAAAGAAUUUGAGAGUUUUUAUGGCAGCUUGCGAACAUGUAGAUGUAAUUACCAAUAUUAUUGAUUACUUCAUUCAUUUUGCUGUGAGUUUUAAGUUCGAUAAUGCGUCAGCAAAUAAUAAUGAUGAGAAAAUCAUAUUAAUAAUGCUUACAAUCUACAGUAUGUGUAUAGAAAAUGUAAUACAGGUUUUUUUGGAAACUGCCAUUGUCCCGGAAGACGAAAUGGAGAUAUAUCAGGAUUAUAAAAACGUUUUACUGCAGCAUUUUGAAAUGAUACUUCUGGAAGAUUCAGAUUUGUAUGCAGUCAUUGAUUGUUUAAAGUUUAAAAGCGUUACGUCUGGAUUACAUAAAAUUUGGGUCCAAGAAUCAAUAGUACAGACUUUUAAAUGGCAUUUUAAAAAAUAUUUCGGGCAUUUGGACAUUCCCAUUCAUAUAUUUCAAUCAAAGGAAGAAUUACUUACAGACCGUCCAUUUAAAUGCCAUAUAGAUAUAAUAAAUGAAAUGAAUAUAGUGUCCAUAUGGUCAGAAGAUGUUAUAGCUGCAAAAAAUUUAGCAGAAUCCUUAAAUCAACAUAUUCUAUUUAUAAAUACACACAUGGAUUUUUGUCCUGGUAUCAUAUUUCCGUAUAUAGAUUUAAAUUUUAAAUCAUUAUAUCAGUCUCUCAAUUUAUCUCAAUUGGAUGAACAUACAUAUACAAAUGUAAUAAAUCCAAUAAAUCAUAAAGGUUUAACAUAUAAUCUGUUUUAUAAUGGCAUGUGGCAAAUACCUAUUAAAUAUACAUAUUGGAUACAUAAUAACAUUUUAUUGGCAAAUGCAACUCGUGAAGAUGUUAUGAAGUGCUCUGCUUCAGCUACAAUUGGAUUCACAACUUGGAAUAUUAUGUCUAGUAAAUCUAGAAUGAAGAUAUUAUCUAAUUUUGCAUCCACAUUAGAAUGCAAUGGUAAAUUUCUAUUGGCUUCAACGGUAUCAAACUGGAUAAAGUUAUCAUAUAUUCGUGGAAGUCUAGUACAAUGCUAUCAAAAUGAAAGAUUUGAAGUAAUAAAAACUCGUAAGCCACAAGGCACUGUUAUUCUUAUGGAAAAAGACGAAAUUACUUUGUUUCGUGAAUUAACACAAAGUUUAAUUAUUGGCAAUUCUGUCAUCGUGAUAUGUAACCCAGAUUUGUGUAUUCUGGCACCAUAUUGUGACAUGUUUAAAAUAUCUGGAAUACCUUCGGGUGUUAUAAAUCUCUUGUCAAGCGAAAACACUGACUUUAGAUAUGAUACCAUUAAUAAUAAUUCAACAGUAAAUGUAAUACAUGGUGCUCUUACUAUAGUCAAGCAUAUUAUAAUUCCUCAUAAAUGAUUUUACAUAGUAACAUAUGGUAUGCGUCCUAAUAUUUAUGAUAAAUCUAUGUAGAUAUAUAUAUUAAGUAUAAACAUGUUCGUAUAUUUAUUUAAAUAUUAUAAUUAUAAAAAUACAAUUUCUCUCUUUAAUUAAUUAAUCUUUUAAAAUAAAAAUAUAAAGUCAAAUAAUUUUUUGCGCCAAUUUCUAUAUUAUGGCAUUCUCUAUAAUUUAAUGCUAUAAGGAUAAUAAAUUGUAUGUUAUAUUUAUUCAUUAUAAAUGUCAAAUUGUGUUGAUUAUAAAGAUGUCAAAGUUAUAAAUAUGUUGAUUAGAUUAGCAUUGUAUUUGUUGUUUUAAUCCUAUACUUCACAUGUUACAAUUAAAAA